AUGAGACAAGGGAGCUUUGUGUCUACGCGGUGGUCCGUUUUCGCUCAAGUCUUGGCACUCGUUUUCAUCUUUCCGCUUGCCCGUGCCUUUGUCGCAACCACCCCACGACCGUCAAAGAACCGUGCCCGACUGGCAAUGGCGUCGCAAUUGGAUGAUGCCCUGCUGGACCAAGUUCUCGAUGUUGCGAUCGACGCUUCCAAGAAGGCUGGAGAAAUCAUUAUUGGGAAUGCCGGACCAACAGAAGUGACAGAGCGGAAGGCCAAUAGCCGAGACCUUUUGACUUUGAUUGAUCCACUCUGUGAAAAGACCAUCAAGGAAACAGUAUUGGCGUCCUUUCCUGACCACGAUUUCCUGGGAGAAGAAGACGUCCCACCUGGCAAGGAAGCGAGUGCUGCUGCGAUUGCAUCCAAGUUGGAAUCUGCGAGUAAUAGCUGGCUUUGGGUUGUAGAUCCCAUUGAUGGAACCACGAAUUUUGUGCAUGGAAUGCCCCUCAAUUGUCCUUCCGUAGCGGCGUCCUUCAAUGGAGAGGUUGUAGUUGGUGUCAUUUUUGAUCCAUAUCGAGACGAACUGUUUACAGCCGUAAAGGGACGUGGUGCACAGAUGAAUGGAGAACCAAUAUCAGUCGGCAAACAAGAUUGCAUUGGUGAUGCCAUUGUAGCCAUGGGGAGUCCACCUGGAGAAGAAUCUAUGCAAAUGAGUAUGAAAGCUGUACAAGUCUUGAUGCCAAAAGUAAGGACUCUUCGAAUGAUUGGAAGUGCCGCAAUAAUGCUGGCUUGGGUCGCCAAUGGACGCUUGACAUGCUAUUGGGAAUACGAUUUGAGUUCGUGGGACAUUGCCGCAGGAGCUCUCAUUAUCCAAGAGGCGGGGGGUAAGUUCACAGACCUCGCAGGAAACGAUUUUUCGUUGCAAACCAGGAAGAUUAUUGGUUGCGCCCCCGCUGUACAUGACGAGAUAUUACGAGUUUUACGCGAGGAAGCUGGGAUCGUCUAA